AUGACAAGUAAUACUACAACAGAGAAAAAAGCUGUAUUGGUUACAGGUGGUGCUCAAGGUAUUGGUAAAUCAAUUGCAAUUCAAUUAGCAAAAGAUGGAUAUCAAGUUGCAAUUUGUGAUUUAUCAUUUCAAAAAGAAAAAGCAUUAGAAACAGUUAAAGAAAUUGAAUCUAUAACAAAUUCAAAAGCUAUAUUUAUUGAAUGUGAUGUUACCCAAAAAAAUCAAGUAUUUGAAGCUGUUAAUAAAACUUAUGAGGAAUUUGGUGCUUUCAAUACAAUUGUUAAUAAUGCAGGCAUUGUGACAGUUGCACCAAUUUUAGAAACAACAGAAGAACAAAUCAAUAAAACUUUACAAACUAAUGUUAAUAGUGUCAUUUUCGGUAUCCAAGCUGCAUCUAAAAAAUUUGAAGAAUUAGGAAAUCAACCAGGUAAAAUCAUAAAUGCAUCUUCAGUUGCAGGUAUUGAAGCAUUUGAAAUGUUUGGAAUCUAUUCAGCAACAAAAUUUGCAAUUAGAGGUUUAACUCAAGCUUCUGCAAAAGAAUUAGGAUCAAAAAAAAUUACUGUUAAUUCAUAUUGUCCAGGUUUUGUAUCAACAUCAAUGUGGGAUGAAAUUGAUGAUAAAAUGGGUAAAUAUUUAGGUUUACCAAAAGGUGAAACAAUGAAUAAAUUAAUUGAUCGUGUUGCACUUGGUAGAGGAUCUGUACCUCAAGAUGUUGCUAAUUUAGUUAGUUUCUUAGCUAGUGAUAAAGCUGAUUAUAUUACUGGUCAAUCUAUGGUUGUUGAUGGAGGUAUUUGCUUCACUUGA